AUGCUAACCCACCUCCUCCCUAUUAACACGUUUCGUGGCCACGAUGACCAUGUCAACGACCCCAUCUUUGGCGGCGACGCCACCCUACACGUCGGCGUCCCUGCUGCGUGGGGCUUCUUGAUGUUUUGUGCGGCCUGGACGAUCCUGGUCGUCGUCUUCCACUUCGUCGAGUCCGGCUUGGAAAGCCGCCCGAUAAUUGGCUACGUUGGUAUCGUCGCCGAGGCCGUGACUGUCCUCGCGUGGCUUGCCGGGUUCAUUGCCGUGGCUGUAAAUGUUUUGACGACCGAUGCCUGCUCAUCGGGACUCAAUUCGUGCGCGGAGCUCAAGGCUGCGACGGCCUUUGGUGCUUUUGAAUGGCUGCUGUUCAUGGUUACCGCAACCCCGGCUGUUUUGUCCUUCUUCAACAACCAGAAACGAGUUACAUCCUCGUGA